AUGGCAAAGCACAAGUUCGAGCGAUGGGCAAAAGCCAACAACGUACCGGAUAUCAAGAGUUAUCGAGCAGACCACACGCCCUUCAACUCUGCAAUUUGGCAACAUGAUCUUGCCUUGAAGAAGCAGACAAUUGAUUUCAGCGGUGUUGGGGCUCAUCAUCAGAAUGCAGUCGCCGAACGUGCAAUUCAAACGGUUACUAAGUGGGCUCGGACCAUGCUUCUCCACCAGGUCAUUCACUGGCCUGACGAAGCGGACGUCCACUUAUGGCCCUUUGCCAUGGAACAUGCAGCAUACAUCUGGAACAACCUUCCACAUUGUGACACUCGGUUGGCACCACUGGAAAUCUUCAGCCAAUCAAGGUUCCCCAACUACAAUUCUCUACAUCGCCUUCACGUCUUUGGAUGUCCUACCUAUGUCCUCGAUCCAAAACUUCAAGAUGGAAAGAAGCUUCCUAAGUGGAAUCCUCGGUCAAGACGUGGAAUGUAUCUCGGCUAUUCGCCUGACCACUCCUCCUUGGUCGCGCGAAUCCUGAACCUUCAAACCAAACAUGUCUCACCACAAUAUCAUUUUGUGUGUGACGACCACUUCAGUACUGUCCCCAACUCAGAUGCAGGGGGUGCGGCCAAUCCUCACCAACUUGAUGCCAAUCAUUGGUUCAAUUUGGUUGAAUCCGGGUACGAGAACUUUCGUGAUACUCUUGACCGUGACGCUCAAGGGCGCCCUAUUGCCCCGCCACUACAAGAUGAAUGGCUAACUCCAACUGAACGUGCCGUUCGACUCCAACGUCGGACCCUCAUCAACAAUCGUUGUCGUGCCCGCCUCCACCAACAAGCCAUCCAGCAUCGCCACCAAGCUCCGCUUCCAGGGGGUAAUAACGGUGGUCAUGCGCCUCCAGUGCCAGUGCAACCUCCAAUUCCUCUGCUACCUGUCAACCAACCGCCAAUACCUCAUGUGCAACCAGUUCACAGCCAGCCUCAGGAAGCUCCGAAUGUUCAAGAUAAUCGAAAUGAAGUCGCCGAUGAUAACGUCGAUGAUGACUUGUCAGUUCCAGAGGGAGUAGCUGAAGGAAGAACAACCAAAUGUUCCUACAGACGUUCCUAUUCCUAA